GCACAAACCCCAAGUAGAGUGCAGUAGCUGCAACACACACGGGAUAGAUAGAAGAGAGGCUCGGAGUAGCUAAUGGAGACCUUUCCCUUGGAAGAAGGAAAGAGUUCCAGCAGACAAGGACUGGGACACCCAGAGCCACCCUACCAGUGCACAAGUCGUGCAGACUACCUGCAGCUUCUCCAUCCCUCCAGAGGCAUCAGCUUGCAGAGACAGCAUUUCCCAUAAAGGCUGCACACUAAAAGAAGGAAUCAUUUCUCUUCAUCAACCAAGCAGAGCAACAGCUUUCUAUGUGUGAACUAACUGUUGGCCACCCAGCAGGUUCUAGAUUGCUGUGGAGCAUUAUGUCCUGCUGUCUGACUUCAACAGCUUCAUUGCCAUGGUGACCCAGACCAUUCUUACAGCAGUUGUGGAUUCCAAAGGCCUGGGACUGCACAUAGAAAGUCAGUCCUAACAGAUAGAUUCUGGCUUCUCUUCCACAAGACAAAGUCAGCCCAGGAAGAAACUGCAGACAAAGCACAGCAGGUGCAGAACAACUUCAAACUUGGGCAGGUGAACUAUGGAUUGCUGGAAGGGAAUCGGAGGCCACAGCUGGGUUUAUCCCACACUGAUCAUCUGUGCCAAUGGAUUUUUCUCCACCAUGAGGCCAUCUGAAUCUUUUCUCACUCCUUAUCUAACAGGGCCAGACAAAAACCUAACAAUUGAAGAGGUGACCAGCAAGAUUCUCCCAGUCUGGACAUACUCCUACCUUGCACUCCUGGUGCCAGUCUUCCUGAUGACAGACUAUGUGCGCUACAAGCCCGUCCUCCUCCUCCAGGGUCUCAGCUUCAUUGUCACCUGGCUCCUGCUUCUCUUUGCAGAGGGAGUGCUGGCCAUGCAGCUGGUGGAGUUCUUCUAUGGCCUGGUGACGGCCACCGAGGUCGCCUACUAUGCCUACAUCUACAGUGUUGUCAGCACCGACCACUAUCAGAGAGUCACCAGCUACUGCAGAAGUGUCACCCUUGCUGCAGCCACCGUUGCUGCCGUGCUGGGACAGCUGCUGGUUUCCCUGGCACACGUUUCCUACUUCCACCUUAAUGCCAUUACUUUGGCUUCCGUGUCCUUGGCCUUUGUGUGCUCCUUCUUCCUCCCAAUGCCCCACAAGAGCAUGUUCUUCCACAAGAAAGACCUCCCAGAAACUCUUCCAGAGCCACAUAAAGCUGGCACCACACUCGGCUCCCACAGGCCAUCGAGCUGCCAGGAGGACAACAGCUCCACAGCAUCUGCUGAGAGGAGAUCAGCAUCCAGGCAGGCAGCUGAAAAUGCCAAGGCCCAGAAGCACAUGCUGGGGGUACUGGUGCAGCUGGGCCACGACCUGAAGGAUUGCUACAGCUCCACAAAGCUUCUGUGCUGGUCCCUGUGGUGGGCCCUGGCUACAGCUGGCUUUAACCAGGUCGUGAAUUACAUCCAAGUGCUGUGGGACUCCAGAGCACCCUCCCACAGCUCGGCAGUGUACAACGGGGCUGUGGAGGCAAUAGCUACAUUUUUAGGUUCAGCAGCAGCCAUGGCAGUUGGAUAUGUCAGAUUGAACUGGGAUCUCUCUGGAGAGCUGGCUCUGGGGAUUUUCUCAGUAAUGGAUGCUGGAGCUCUGUUCCUCAUGCACUUCACUGACAACAUCUGGGCAUGUUAUGCUGGUUACCUUGUGUUUAAGGCAUGCUAUAUGUUGCUCAUAACAAUAGCCACGUUCCAGAUUGCUGUCACCCUGAGCAUGGAGCGCUAUGCCCUGAUGUUUGGUUUCAACAACUUUGUUGCACUGGCAAUUCAGACCAUUUUAACUGUGGUCGUGGUAGACCCAAAAGGGCUGGAACUGGACAUCAACACCCAGUUUCUCAUUUACGGCAGCUACUUCACAGUCAUAGCUGGCGUUUUCCUGAUCAGAAGUGCAUACAUCAUGAUCUCCACCAAAUGCAUAAACACAGGUGUGGAUGGCGAAAGCACCAGCCAGUAACAUCAGAGACAAAGCAGCACCACGAAGCCCUGCAGAGGAUGCAUCACCUGGAUGUGGAGGAGCACCGUGCUCAUCAAGCAGAACUAGCUGGUGGUGCACCAAGCUGGCACGGGCCUGCUACAUGAAGGAGUUUGCCAGCACCACAAUGUCAUUUCCUCAUUUUCUUCCCUUGUACUUUUAACACCAAACAAUGCUCAACCAACCUUCUAUUUUAGCAAGUCCAGUGAUGUGGCACACAAACCUCAAUUAAUGCUCAGCAAGCACAAGUACAUACAGAUACCCAAACCGCAGCUUAAACACAGCCUUUGAACUUCCACUCUUUCUAUUAAAGACCAUUUAGCAACAGACACAACAUCCAAACGUUCCCAGGGGACGUGAAGCAGCAGCUGCCCCAUAGCAGCAAGAUGGUGCACUGGAAAGCUUGCCACAGAUGCUUUAGGAAGAUUUUUUCCAGAUAGAAAUUGUUACAGGCAUCUUCAAAGCAAGUUAACAAACAGCAGUAAGCUUUUUUCCCCCUCCCAAAAGCACCACUUCUGCACCUUCCAAGGUGGGAAACUACAAUGCUGAACAGCACAACUGCAGCUUGAAGAAUCACUAACAUCAGUUUAGGUGAAGAAUCAUAGAAUCAACCAGUCAACUAGACCAUGGCACCGAGUGCCUCAUCCAGUCUUUUCUUGAAGACCUCAAGGGAUGGUAGGACUGUUCCCGUUCCCAUUCCCAUCUCACUGAGUAGACAUUGGGCUGAUUUGGCUCUGUUGCUCACAAUAAGCAGGUCUAAGUAUUCCACAGGCCCUUUUGAGCCCUUGCAGUUCCCCUCUAUUACAUUUGUGCUACUAUCCUGAACUAGGUAAAGUUGGUCAUAGGGAAGUGCUAUUCAUUUAUACUAUGCCAAAACACAGUGGUGACAGAAAGGACACCACCAACAUGCUGGUUGGGGAUUUGUUUAGGGGACUUUCCAGAGAACCCUGAGAAUUUCACUGUACAUCAGACUCCAGCCAGCAGUCCCUGUAAGGAGGGAAAAAACAGACUUCAAUCUGGGUUAAGUACACCAACAGGACACAGAGAGUUAACUGAAGACUCCUGCUGCAAGCAGCUUGUUGUACAAGCCACUUGCCCCCUGCUUUAGGAUCUCCAAAGCUUAAAAAACUCCAGAAGGAAGAAGCAGGCACCACGACACUUCCAACCACAGGCAGGCAACAGCAGUCAAAUGCACUGGCACACAAAGUGUUUUUACAGGCAGUUACGACUGUUCAGUUCCACGAGGAACAACAGGCUCAAGCACUCCAGCAGGUAAGAGGGAAAGAUCUUACCUUCAGGAACUCCCACCUUUGCCUCAUGGCCUUCGACAUCCUUUUCUCAAAAAAAAACAAAGUGUCAACCUGAUCAUUUAUUCUGUUAUCCUGUAAGCUGUUAAAAUUCUGUUCUCCAGCUGGUCAGAAACCUUUUAUGCAUGCACAGUAUCUUAACAUUAUUUGCUUAGUUCCAGUAUUACACCUGAACUUCUCUGAACACAGUCACCAAUUACUCUGGUGCAGUUAGUUUUCUUAACUUUACUACAGACUAGAGAAGCCAGACCCCUUCCCCACCACACAUCUGCAAAUUCCCUCCCAGCAUAGCAAGAAACAUUCCAGUAAAUAAAAAACCACUACCCACAUUACCCUCCUGCAGCUAGCACUUACUGAGGAGGUAGUUCCUGAGUUUCCAGCAUCCUUCAUUACCCAGCAGUUGAGUCACAACAACCCAGGGUGACCAAACAUCUUCCUGUUCAACGGCUCACUCUACUUGAGCUAGGACAGCCAGCUCCAACUCAAGGACAAAACCAUAUCCUGGUGAGGCACAGGAACAUGUAAAGCUUCACUACUCACCUUACAGCACAUCACCUUUGAGGACUCAUCUGUGAGCAAGACUCACUGCUACUCCACAGAAACAAUGCUACACAAUUGCUUUUUCUAAUAUUUAUUUUUUUUUCACCUGCAAACUGUAGCAAAACAUGAUCAGCUUUAUUAUGCAGACAGGUAUCCCUCUAACAUUAGAGAUUUAGGCAUGUAUAAAUAGAAGAGCUCUUAGGAAAGGAAAACGUUUUGAGAAAUGAACAAACCUUCAGUUGAACUUUGUGACUUCCAACGCCAACAGGUUAGAAUUGACGCAGUUCAUUCCUUCCAAGAGAUCCAACAGCACCUUAAAGUGGCUGAUCUAUUUCCCAGUAACAUUUGUUUUUUCCUCCACAUAACAAUGUGUUAAAGUUACAAAUACUGAUAUGCACAAAUAGCUAUUUUCUAAGAAAAAUAUGUACAGUACUGCAGCAUAAUGAAUGUGGUAUCUGCAAUAACUUAUUAGCCAAUUUCAACACACAUGAUACCGCUACUCUUCACCUGCCAGCUGGCAGGUUCAAGGAUGUUACCACAGCCCUCUGGUUUGCACGUUAUUACCUGGUGGGGGGGGUUGACUUCCUUGGGGUUUGUGUAUUUUAUGUGAAGAAGGUUUCAUCUUUUUUUUUUUUUUUGUCCUUUUUUAUUUUUUAAAGGUACACAAUGCAGGCUUUUAUUUUUACUUCUUAAAGAUUUCUUUUGUGUUUAAAGCUAAUAUCAGUGAAACGAGACAACAGUGCAAGAGGCGCAGAGAUGUUAUGUGACCACGUAAGAGUUCUUUUGGGUAAAGUGUCUAUAAGGCUAUAAGAAAGGAUUGGUUGAUGAGCUUCCUGUUGGAAAUUGUCCCGUUGGUGCACCAGCC